AUGAAAGUUUUCAAGCUGAUAGGAGGGCUGGUCUUCCUCACCUCGGUGUUUUCGGCCUGUUCCGGACAAAAUCCAAUGACUGUACUGUGCUCCACAGACUGGUUCAUGGUCACCGUACACCCCUUCAUGUUGAACAACGAUGUCUAUGUACACUUUCAUGAGCUACACUUGGGCCUGGGCUGCCCUGCCAACCAUGUUCAGCCACAUGCCUACCAGUUCACCUACCGCGUGACGGAAUGUGGCAUCCGGGCCAAGGCUGUCUCUCAGGACAUGAUUCUCUACAGCACCGAGAUAUACUAUGCUUCCAAGCGUACCUCGUCUAAGUACGUGAUCCCGGUGUCGUGCACUGCCCCCCAACGCUCCCCCUGGCUCACAAUGCCCUGCUCCGGGGAAGGAGCCAGCGAGGGAGCUGUCACAACCCCGGACGGGGAGACAUGCUAUGAGGUGUUCACCUUGUCACAGUCCAGCCAGAGGUCCAACUGUGAUUGUCCGCCUUGUGUCUUCAGUGAAGAAGGGCAGACCCAGGCCCCAGGUCACCAAGCAGAGGCUCAGGAGGCCCAUCCCAUGCAGUUGUCUUCCUCUGUUAAUAGUUCUGAGAACUGGUCCCUUCACUUGGAUGAUCAGAUUGCGUCCAUGUGAUCCCUAGGUUUGGGGUCUCCUGUAGAUGCUCUUUCUAAAGUUGGGAUAUAAUAUUUACAAAUAUCAGACAAAGAAGUGCUUUUGUGGCCCUCUUAUGUGUGCUUUUGAGAAAGAGCAGCCCGUGGUAAUUUCAUGAAUAAAGCUUUUUUAUAUUUUUGUAUCCUUUUUUUUUUCCCUUUCUUGGCAGCACCACAGGGCAUGUGGGAUCUUAGUUCCCUGACCAGGGAUUGAACCCAUGCCCCCUGCAGUGGAAGCACAGAGUCUUAACCACUGGACUGCCAGGGAAGUCCUGUAUCUUUUUUAAGAGAAAAAAUAAAAUCUUG